UUCUACUUUAUUUAAAUGUAAACAAACCGGCUACGUUGUGACGUCUGUCACUGAUAGUGUUUUUGAAACUUAAAGUAUGGCUUUAAAAACUAAAAAUGUGUGUGUGGUGGUACUUGGGGAUAUAGGACGCAGCCCCAGAAUGCAAUAUCACUCCCUAUCACUGGCUAAAAUGGGUCAUAAAGUGGAUGUAUUAGGUUAUGGCGAAACAGAGCCUCUAGAAGAAGUUAAAUGUGCUUCUUCAAUAUAUUAUCAUUACUUAUUACCGUGUCCUCAAAUACCUAUUCGACUGGCAAAUUACGUGUUUAAAACUAUAUGGCAAAUAUUGAACUUGUUUUUCUUAUUGUUAUUCAUUCGGAGACCGGAUACAAUACUUGUACAAAAUCCACCAGCAAUUCCUAGUUUAUUUGUUUGUUGGAUAGUUGCAAGGACUAAAGGGGCAAAGUUAGUUAUUGAUUGGCAUAAUUAUGCACAUACAAUAAUGGCAUUAAAUUUAUCUAAAACACACAUACUUGUUAAAUUAACAAGAUAUGUGGAAAGUUUUAUUGGGCAAAGGGCAGACCUAAAUCUUUGUGUAACAAAAGCUAUGAAAGAUGAUUUGUUAAAGAAUUGGAAUGUUAGUGCUAUUACUUUAUAUGAUUCUCCUCCCUUAAUUUUUCAACCUAUUUCUGUUGAAGAAAAGCAUAAUUUCUAUAAAAAAUUGGGAGAAAUAUACUGCCUAUUUUUAAUGGACAACAAUGAAACAAUAUUUACACACACUGUUGAUGGGAAAAUAUACUUAAAAGAAAAUAGACCUGGAUUAUUAGUUUCAAGUACAAGUUGGACAGAGGAUGAAGAUUUUUCUGUUUUAUUUUCUGCAUUACAAGAAUACGAAGAACACCAUAAUUCAGGAAAUCAAAGAAAACUGCCUGAUUUAAUAUGUGUUAUAACUGGUAAAGGGCAUCUUAAAAAAUACUAUUGUGAUAAAAUUGCUGAACAAAAUUGGAAACAUGUUACCAUUUUAACACCUUGGUUGGAGUCCUGUGAUUACCCCAAAAUACUUGCAUCAGCUGAUUUAGGAGUAUCCCUUCAUACCAGUUCAAGUGGUUUAGAUUUACCAAUGAAAGUGGUGGACAUGUUUGGAUGUGGACUUCCUGUGUGUGCCUAUGAUUUUACAUGCUUAAAUGAGCUUGUUAAGAAUGGAAAAAACAGUUACACUUUUAAAGAUUCUCAAGAGUUAUCCAAAAGAUUGCAAGAAUGGUUUGACAAUUUUCCAAAUAAUGAAAAAAAGAAUUCAAAAGAAAUUGAGUUUAAAAAAGAGCUGGAACAAUUUCAAAACAAUAGAUGGGAUGAAAAUUGGGAAAAAGUGGUUUUAAAUGAAUUUAUAUAGAUUGAAUGUUACAUGUUUUAAAAGGAUAUUGAUAUCUAAUUUCAUACUGAAUAAAUAGCAAUGUUUAUCAACCUUAUAAA